CUUGGAAGUUCACGUUGCUGCUGUCGUGUGUCGAUUGCACCACAUUUUAAUAAAAAAUAGUUCCACACGAUGCCACCGAAAAAAAAGGGCAACAAAAAGAAUCAGGACUGGGAUUCGGACGAAUCCGAACAGUCGAAACCGGCAGCUGUCGCAGCUUCAGGUAAACCGGGCAAGGGCAAGGGAAAAGCUGCCAACGUGGAUUCCGACGAGGAGGCUGUACCCGUCAAGCAGAAAGCGGCACCAGCCACCGCCGCCGCAAAGAAGACAGCCAAAGGUAAAAAAGGUAAGGGCAAAAACAACGACGACUGGAGCGAUGACGAGGAACAGGCGAACCGAAAAGGAGGAAAAAUGCCACCAUCGAAAGCGAGAGCAGCUAGCGACAGCGAAUCGGAGGAGGAUGCAAUGGUGAAAGCGAAACCUGUUCAGAAGAAAAAGCAACAACAGCCUUCGGCUGCGAAGGGUAAGAAAGGCCGAAAGGAUGACGAUUGGUCGGAUCGCGAGGAGAAGGAGCUUAAGUUGGACGUUUCGGAUGAGGAGGAGGAGGCUCCGGUAAUGGUUAGUAGUAAGGCGGCUAAAAAGAAGGGGAAGGCAGCGAAAAAAGUGAGUAAAGUUUCUUCCUCCGAAGAGGAGGAGGAGGAAGAAAUUGAAAGUGAGCAAGAAACGGAAGAGGAACCAGUUCCUGUGCCAGUGGCGAAAGGUAAGAAUUCAAAGAAAAAUUCGAAGGAACAAAAUGAUGAGAGUGCUAAGGUGGCGCCUGCUGUGGUUCCGAUUGUGGUCGCAAAAGAGAAGGAAGUUGUUAAGAGUGAGGAAAAACCCAAAGUUGUGGCAGUGGAAGAAGUACCUUCAAAGCCUGAGCCUGUAAAGGAAGUUACCAAGGCGGAGCCUGAAGUGGAGCAGAAACCUGAUGAUGAAGCGGACGAAUUAGCGGAUAAAAUCGAGGAUUUGGAAAUCAAGGAGCAGGAGAAGAAGCUUACCCACAAGGAGAAGAAAAAGCUGAAAAAACAGGAAGAGUUCCAGAAACAGAUGGAGGCCAUGACCCGGAAGGGUGGCCAAGGGCAUUCCGACUUAGAUAGCAACUUUACGAUGUCGCAAGCGCAAAAAAGUGGAAACCAAAGCAAGCACAUGGACCAUGCGGUGGAUAUUAAGAUUGAGAAUUUCACCAUUUCCGCCAAGGGAAAUGAUCUGUUUGUGAAUGCAAAUUUGCUGAUAGCAAACGGGCGGCGGUACGGUUUGGUUGGACCCAACGGACAUGGUAAAACCACAUUGCUUCGACACAUUGCCAAUCGAGUUUUUGCGAUUCCGCCCAGCAUCGAUGUGCUGCUCUGCGAGCAAGAAGUGGUUGCCGAUGAAACUUCUGCGGUCGAUACCGUGCUGAAGGCGGACGUAAAACGAAUUGCUCUGCUGGAAGAGUGUAAAAAGUUGGAGGAGGCAGUGGAAUCCGGUAAGCUGGAACUUCAGGAUAAACUGCAGGAGGUCUACAAUGAGCUGAAAGCGAUUGGGGCCGAUUCUGCUGAACCACGCGCGCGUCGUAUUUUGGCUGGUUUAGGAUUUUCUCGUUCGAUGCAGAAUCGUGCGACGAAAGAUUUCUCCGGUGGGUGGAGAAUGCGAGUGUCCCUAGCUAGGGCUCUAUUUUUGGAACCUACCUUGCUGCUGUUGGAUGAACCGACAAAUCACUUGGAUCUGAAUGCCGUCAUUUGGUUGGAUAACUAUCUGCAGGGUUGGAAGAAAACACUGCUCAUCGUUUCCCACGACCAAAGCUUCUUGGACAACGUUUGCAACGAAGUGAUUCAUUUGGACAACAAAAAACUGUAUUAUUAUAAGGGUAACUAUUCGAUGUUUAAGAAAAUGCACGUUCAGAAACGGCGGGAGAUGAUCAAGGAAUACGAAAAGCAGGAGAAGCGAAUCAAGGACAUGAAGGCCCACGGCCAGUCGAAGAAAGCGGCUGAGAAAAAGCAGAAGGAGAAUCUCAGCCGUAAACAGGAGAAGGGCAGCAAAGGAAAGGGUCAGAAAUCCGCUGCCGACGAGGAAGAUGGGCCGGUGGAACUGUUGUCCAAACCGAAGGAUUACAUUGUUAAGUUCAGCUUCCCGGAUCCACCCCCGCUGCAGCCUCCAAUUCUUGGAUUGCACAACGUGACUUUCAACUUCCCUGGACAAAAGUCUUUGUUCGUUAAUGUUGAGUUCGGUAUUGACAUGAGCAGUCGCGUUGCCAUCGUUGGACCGAACGGUGUUGGUAAGUCAACUUUCCUCAAACUGCUGGUUGGUGAUUUGCAGGCGGUUGUCGGCGAGUCAAGAAAGAAUCAUCGGCUCCGAAUUGGGCGAUUCGAUCAGCACUCCGGCGAACAUCUGACCGCAGAAGAAAGUCCUGCCGAAUAUCUUCAACGUCUCUUUAACUUGCCCUACGAAAAGGCACGUAAAGCACUCGGAACGUUCGGUUUGGCUAGUCACGCUCAUACGAUUAAGAUGAAGGACCUCUCGGGAGGACAGAAGGCCCGGGUGGCCCUGGCCGAACUCUGCCUAAAUGCGCCGGACGUGUUGAUAUUGGAUGAACCGACAAACAAUCUGGAUAUUGAGUCUAUCGAUGCCCUGGCGGAGGCAAUCAACGAAUACAAGGGUGGCGUCAUAAUUGUUUCUCACGACGAACGAUUAAUUCGUGAAACCGAGUGCGCGUUGUACGUCAUCGAGGAGCAGACCAUCAACGAAAUUGACGGCGAUUUCGAUGACUACCGGAAGGAAGUAUUGGACAGUCUGGGUGAGGUUAUCAACAAUCCGAGCAUAUCGGCCAACGCCGCAGUUCAGCAGUAGCAAAAUAACCCCUAGUAAUCCCUGCUUCAACCUUAUAAUAAUCAGCCUGUUUUAUUAGAUGAACUUUGUAUAAUAAAAAACCCUAAUUUA